UCAGAUACUGCAGUUACUCAUUGAAGGGGAAAUCCACCAAUAUUUUAAAAUGUUUGCGUAAUAAAAUGGUUCAGAUGGUAUUUAGUCAGAAAGUUACUAAAUUAAAGAGGUAUGGGACUGAGGGUCUGAGACGUUGGUGCAAAUUCAAAGAGAGGGCAGGGGGGACACACCCCUUUCCAUUUUUUUUUUAAUAUGGUGAGAAUCUUUUUGGGGCAGCAGCGUGUUUUCAAACAAGGUACAAGGCUCAUACUACUAAUACUUUCCGCUAAAUUUACAGUGCAGAGUGUUGUAAGAGAAAAAUAGUCCUCAAAGAGUAUGUAUGUAUGUAUUUAUUUAUUUAUUUGGAUUUACCAUUACUUAACAUUACAUAAAAAACCCAGAAGCCACCUGUGGAUUCACUGGUACUCGGAAUCCACGUUCUCAGAAAGAGGAAUCCAGCUACAGUCUGAAGACCACGAGGGGAAACGUUAUCAUGUAUUUUGUGCUGUGACUGUAUGGGGGGAAAUUGUGAAAGACUGUAAUGAUCAUACAGAACAGUACAUUAACGUUUCUACAAAACAUUUCGAAUCUGAAAUCAUCUCGUGAGCCGGUUCGACCGAGUUACUGAAAGGAAUCGGUUCAAAACAACGAUACCCUGACGAAUCGCACACCGCUAGCGAUGCUUGUUCAUGUUUAUUGUCAGGUAAAACACUGACUCCGCGUGCUCGGCUGCUCGUUUCGCGUAACGUCCUUGAGUAUUAACUGGAAAUAUCUCACGAAAAGGCGAGACGGAUUUCCAUGCCGGUGUUAGCAAGUUGUUAGCUUGCUAACUCUUAUCAGACAAAUCCUCAGUGGGUAAAACCAGCGGCGGCUGUCUGCGAAGAUUAGCUCCGUUUUCGCUGGCUUUGCACUGAAGUGUUUAAUCAGCUCCUUAUGAAAGAGCAGGACGGUUAGCUUAGCUAACUCGCUAACUCCUUUUCUAUGUUUAACUCACAUUUUCGCAUCUUCCGCUUCCUUUAAACCUUACUUGGGUUAACUUAAACCUAUGUUACAUUAGUCUUUGUUUUAAGUUUUCCCCUCUUCGUCUGCGAGUAUGAGUAACGUUAUAAAUCCGCUGUCUCGGACUCGGUCUGAGGUGUUCAGGCAGCUGAGGAGGGAGCUGUAUGAUGAUGAUGAAUUUCGUCAGGUUCCUCACGUCUUUGUCAUUAUGGGUGCUUCGGGAGACCUUGCCAAGAAGAAGAUUUACCCCACGCUGUGGUGGCUGUUUAAGGACAGACUCCUUCCAGAGGAGACACACUUUGUGGGCUUUGCUCGCUCUCGCCUGACAUUGGAUGACAUUCGUGCCUCCUGUCUACCUUACAUGAAGGUAAAAGAAGAGGACAGCGAGCGUCUGUCAGCGUUUUUCAAUAGAAACUCUUACCUGGCUGGGCGGUACACAGAUGGAGAGUCGUUUGCACAGCUUCAGAGCCACCUGGACUCUUUGGCCCCUGGAACUGCUGCAAACCGUCUAUUCUAUCUGGCCCUGCCGCCCACUGUCUACAAUGAUGUCACCAAGAACGUCCGCCAGCACUGCAUGAGUGAUGAGGGCUGGACCAGAGUGAUUGUAGAGAAACCAUUUGGAAGGGACCUGCAGAGCUCAGAGGAGCUGUCAGCACACCUCUCCUCCCUCUUUAAUGAGGAACAAAUCUACCGGAUAGAUCACUACCUGGGCAAGGAGAUGGUGCAGAACCUCAUGGUACUCAGGUUUGGGAACAGAAUCUUUGGCCCUAUUUGGAAUAGGGAGAGCGUGGCCUGUGUAGUCCUGACUUUUAAAGAACCCUUCGGAACUAACGGAAGAGGUGGAUACUUUGAUGACUUUGGCAUUAUCCGUGAUGUCAUGCAAAAUCAUCUACUCCAGAUGCUCACCUUGGUUGCCAUGGAGAAACCUACUUCCACUGACUCUGACGAUGUGAGAGAUGAGAAGGUAAAAGUGUUAAAGUGCAUAGCUCCAGUGGCUCUGUCUGAUGUGGUGCUGGGACAGUACGUGGGGAACCCUGAAGGGGAAGGAGAGGCUAAGCUGGGCUACUUGAAUGACCCCACCGUUCCUGAAGGAUCCUGCACAGCCACUUUUGCCACUGCAGUGCUCUACGUCCAUAACGAGCGCUGGGAAGGGGUACCCUUCGUCCUGCGCUGUGGUAAAGCCCUAAACGAGCGUAAGGCUGAAGUGAGGCUGCAGUUUACAGACGUUCCAGGGGACAUCUUUAACUCCCAGUGUCAGAGGAAUGAGUUGGUAGUCCGUGUACAGCCUGAUGAGGCCAUUUAUGCCAAAAUGAUGACCAAAAAGCCAGGCAUGUACUUCAGUACCGAGGAGACUGAGCUGGAUCUGACCUACCGCAGCAGAUAUAAGGAUGUGAAGCUUCCUGACGCUUAUGAGCGUCUGAUUCUUGACGUGUUCAGUGGGAGUCAGAUGCACUUUGUACGUAGUGAUGAACUGAAGGAAGCCUGGAGAAUCUUCACUCCUCUCCUCCAUCAGAUUGAGGCAGAGAGGAUACAGCCCAUGCCGUACACAUACGGGAGCCGAGGACCCAAGGAAGCUGAUGAACUGUUGAAGCGGGUAGGAUUCCACUACGGAGGAACUUACAAGUGGGUUGAUCCUCAUGCUGUAUAAACACUCCAAUCAUUCCAAAUGGAUUUUUAUCUUACAAUCAAACCAAAUUUCCUUCCGUCGCUGAGCAGAGAAGAGCGUUAAAGACUCAUUCCUGUUCAGAGUGAGGGAGAUGAAUGCAGUGAAAUCCUGAUCAUUCACCAAGACACAAGUGUUAAUCAGUGAAUGAGUGAACUGCCUGUGCACUGAUGGUAAAAUGGGUUGAAGAUUUCGCCCUCAGUUCAGUAUUAUUUUUCCUCUAAUGUGAAUUUAGAGAACCAAACCUGUAUUUCCAAUCAAAAGAUGAUGCUUCAUAAUUGCUCUGCAAUAAUGCAUCUAAUGCAUUUCUUUUCAUCUGAACGUAAUUGGAAUUUCAUUUGUCUUGGGGUUUCAGUCCUUCUUUGUGACAAAAUCAGGGCGUGAUGCUCCUUCAUUUGAAUGAUUCCAUGUGAAGAAGUUCUUCAUUUUCCGUACUUCUUUUUCUCCAGUUACCGAGACCAUAUUUCCCGUAGAUUGAAGGGAAUAGAGUAGUGCAGGCAGACUGGAGUUUGAGCUGGUGCUUUAAAAGUUGAAAGCAAUACGCACAGUACUUUUGUAAUACAGUACUUUUGUAGUGUUAUAUAUUGGAUGUCUGUUACGAUUUGAAAUACAGAUGCACUUUUAGUUUUUUGUAUUAUCUAUAUAAGCUACAGGAUGCUUUGCAUAUGGCACUUUGUCGAAAGCGGAAAGACCUAUGUUUACAUUUUUUAAUCAUUAUGGCAGAACAGUAGUUUAGGCUGUGGGCAUGUGGGUGGGAGGGUGUAGUCUUGACAAACCACCCACACCAAAGAUCACACCAGAGAGUGAACGAGCUAAUAAGGAUCAGUGAAAACAUGUUUGAAGGACCAAGGUUUAUGUUUCUCUGCGUCAAGGUAAGAAGCCGUUCUGUACCAUCUUCACCAUCUUGCUUUAAUUGCAAAGAAUCUGAAUUCAAAUCUUAAUUUAACGUUUUAAUUAUGUUCCACACCUCUUCAGGUCCCGUCCGUACACAUUCCUACGAGCCGCCACGUUUUUAAGAAUUUUGAGUUCACUCCUGUCAGUCAUGUCACUUAACCUGCUGGUUGUGACUCUCACUCACUCACAGGUACAUGCCCUAGCCAGGGGAAUGUUGCCUUUCAGCUCGGAGGACAAAUGAGUGGUCUGUCUGCUAUCUUUAACUUCCAAGAAUAAGUAUGUAGAAUGGGGUGUGCUGAGUGUACAACAGUGUUAAUGAUAUGGGCUUGGCUGUGUUGUACAUAAUAGUCUGGAAUGUACUUAAAUGGUCUUUCAGUACCUGUAUUUUGAGGAUUUCUAUGGUAAAAAUAAAAAGCGGCUUCUUACAAGUAAUGUUUGUGGAGUUUUAUGUUUAAGGAAUACUCGUGUUUUUUGACCUAAUCUCUAUCUUCCACAUAUGUAUCAUGCAGUUGAUUAGCAUGGACAAUAUUUUCCCUGUACUUAGAAAAAGAACAGAAAAACUGUUCAUUAGAAGCACACAUAUACAUGUGUUAUAUUAAUUUAGUGUGUGGUGUAAAAGUCAGAGGUCAUGCUAUUUAUUUAUUUACAUACAAUCAAUCACAGUGGACAUUUAAUACAUGGUAUUAAUUUUUCAGCAUCAAGAAACAAAAACCAUUUAACAGAAAAUUACAGAGACGCUAAAUAAACAAAUAACUAAAUAUGUUUUGCAGUAUUUACUGUCCACCCUUUGCCUUCAUUACAGCUUCCAUUCUUUUCAAGAGACUUUUUUUUGCUGAAAUCUGCAGGAAUAUUUUUCCCACACCUCUAAA